CCGGAAAAGAAAGUCAAGUCUCUGUGUUGACACUCAAAGUUCUCCAACUCUACUCGAGUAUUCGGCGUCAUGGCACAGAAAGUAGUUUUACGAAAGUCACCUUGUGGCAGCAUGUUGCAGCUCCGAGCAGGUUUCCCCACCGAGCUGUCAGAUGAGAGUCUUCUCACUUCACUCCUUGAAGUGAAGUCCACACUUGUUAACGUGCAGGAGGACAGCAGACGGCUGCUGCCGGGACCCGUGGAGGCUGCUGUGAGGACGGAAGAUGAGGAAGUGGAAUCUCAGUUGUUACAUCUGAAUCGCAGAACAGAUUCAAAUCCUCACACUGGCUUCUCAUCUUUGCCCCUGGAAUUAGAAGACAAUGUCAAUGUCAAUCACAGAGAUAAAGAACCUGGCAGAAGCUCAACUGCUCGGCCUCAAUCUGCACAGUCCUCUUAUUCUGACUCUGAUGACGACACAGUCGAGAUUAAAUGCAGCUCAAGGAAAAAGUCCAACUGUUGCUCCGAAUGUGGCAAGAUGUAUAGCUGCCCGCGGAGUCUCAAUCAACACAAGAAAAUCCACAGCGGAGAAAAACCUUUUCGGUGCCCGGAAUGUGGGAAGAGAUUUGGUUUCAAAGGGGAUUUAAAGAAGCACCUUCAAAUUCACUCUGAACCACAGCAGACCUGCUCUGUUUGCAAUAAGACGUUCCUCACAAAGGAGUCGCUGAGCCGUCACUUUCGAAGACUUCACAUUGACGAAAAACCAUUCAGCUGCUCUGUUUGCAAGCGGACCUACGCUCUGCGUGAUUACCUGACCCGCCACAUGAGGGUCCACACCGGCGAGUUACCCUACACCUGCUCAGUGUGUCUCCGAGGCUUCCAGAGAAAGUACAACCUGGUCCAACACAUUAGAAUACACACCGGCGAAAGACCGUACACUUGCCCGCAUUGUUUGACUGGGUUUCGCCUCCGUGGGGGUUUGAAUCAACAUCUUCAAAUUCACAGCGGAGAGAAACGAUACCCCUGCUCCGACUGUGAAAAAAGGUUCACGACAACCUAUAGACUCAGACUGCACAAAAGAAAAGUCCACAAUGUGGAGGUGACUCAGACUUAAUAUGUCAGCUGAUGAAAUUCAGCUGCUGCAGUUGGAGUUUUCAACAAUGAAUUAUAAUAUGCAGACUUGUUUUGCUAUUUUCAUAAAUACAAUCAAGACGUCAAAAAAAGUAUGUGUUUGGAUGUCACAACUACACUACUGUAAGACAUAUUUUGUUUUUCGGUUUGACACGCCACACGGGAAACCCACAUAUAAGAGUGGAAAAUAUCAUAUUUGUUAAAAUAAUCUACUCCAAUGGAGGAAGUCGUUCAAACGUGUUGUCUGCACAAUUGACAACUAUGCAAGAUGAGAUGAAGAAUUUCAUGUACAUCCAGAGUAGUGGAAACCCUGGCCAUUGUGUAGUGAAAAACAUCCCUGAACAAAAGCAAACAGAUGCUUUUGUUCAGGGAUUCCUCCAUGUUUGUUGUUGUUGUUAUCACCCUAGCUGCGACGUGUCAUGUGCAUCAGUGUGAUCAGUGGACCAGGGACUCCUGCACUUACAAAGGUUCCGUGUUGUCUGGAGAGCAAACUGUUCCAUUAAAUUAAAGAAUACAUGAGGUUAGUGUUACUAGGACGUGGGACGAUCUCUCAGUGUCUUAACCUUUAAUCAAAUUAAAACUACAUCAAACUAACAUGCCCGCCAUGUUUUAUAAAAAAUAAAUAACGAUAAAAACAAAAAUGACCUUCAACUGAAUGCGUCUGUAUUUAUAGUCAAGA